AUGAGUGAUGGUAUUAAUACAACAAACAAUAAACACGUUGAUGAUUAUGAAGACCUUCGAUUUCAAGAUGCGGCUCAAGCUAUUUUUUCCAAGUAUCGUAUGAUGAAUAUUAUAAAAUCUAAUGGCGAAAUUAAUACUACUACUUCUACUGCACCUAUUAUUCUUGGUUCACAAAAAACAACGACUAGAUCUCGAGCUUGUGUUAUUUUAUGA